AUGGCACUGGAAGACGAAAUUGAACGUAAUAAUCACGAAGACAAUUCUCAAUCUGAGGGUGAAGGAGAUGAUCUCAGAGAACAAAUAGUUGAUUCUUCAGAAGAAGACGAUGAUGACGAUGACGAAGAAGAAAUUCAAAAAGUUCGUGAAGGUUUCAUUGUCGAUGAUGAUGAAGAUGAAAUCGAAACAAGAAAGAGGAAAAAGCAUAAGAAAAGAAGAAGAGAAAGACUGAAUGAAGAUCGUGAUGAUGCAUUGGAUGAUGAUGAUUUACAAUUAUUAUUAGAAAAUUCAGGUCUUCAAGGUUCACGUCAAUCUAAGUUUAAGAAAUUAAAGAGAAAGCAUGUUGAGGACGAUGAGGAUGAUGUUGUUGAGUCCAAUCAACAACAAUAUCAGAAUAGAGAGUCAAGUGGAAUGCGUAAUAUGUUUUCAGACGAUGAAGAUGAAGAAGGUUUAGAUGAGGAUGAGGACAGAGGAUCUCGUGCUAGAAACAAUAUCGUUGAUGAAUUUGAUGAUUUCAUAGAGGAAGAUGAGUUUUCCGAUGAAGAUGAAGAAGCUCAGCGUGCAAGAAGAGAGCAAAAGAAGAAAAUGAAGAAGAAAGGAGCAAGAAUUGAUACUUCCAAAUUAUCUAGUGUCGAUCGACAAAGUUUACAAGAGUUAUUCGAAGUUUUUGGUGAUGGUAAUGAAUAUGAUUGGGCAUUGGAAGCUCAAGAAAUGGAAGAUUCAGGUAAUUUGGAUAAAGAAGAACCUGCUACCUUGGAUGAAGUUUUUGAACAUUCUGAAUUGAAAGAACGUAUGUUGACCGAUGAAGAUAAUCUUAUUCGUAUUAUUGAUGUUCCUGAGAGAUACCAAAAGUACCGUAGCACUUUGACAUAUAUUGACUUGGAAGGUGAAGAACUAGAAAUGGAAAAGAAUUGGGUAAGUGAUGCCAUGAUGCGUGAAAGAUCUACACCUCUCCCUGAAGGUGCUGAAGAAUCAUACAAGCAAUGUGUUGGUAACAUUAUUGAUUUCAUCUCCAAGGAGAACCUUGAAGUCCCCUUUAUCAAUACUCACCGUCUAGACUAUUUAGAAUACGUUCCAGAUUAUGAUCCAAACAAUAGAAUUAGAUUGUUUAACGAAGAUGAUUUGUGGAGAAUAGUUAAAUUGGAUAUUGAAUACCAUACACUUUAUGAAAAGAGAUUGAAUGCUGAGAAAUUGGUUGACUCAUUGGAUUUAGAUGAUGAUUUGAUCAAGGAUAUCAAAUCGUUGGAUACUAUGGUUGCUGUUCAAGAUGUACAUGAUUAUAUACAAUUCACUUACUCUAAGGAAAUAAGAGAAAAAGCAUCUUCACAAGGGGCAGAUGAUCUGGAGAACAACGAGGAUAAUGCGAAAUCUCAACCAAGAAAGCAUAUGAAGGUUACACUUUAUGAAAGAAUCAAGUCCAAUAUUUUAUACGAUGCUGUCAAUGCCUAUGGUAUCACCGCCAAGCAAUUUGGUGAAAAUGUUCAAGAUCAAAGUUCCAAAGGUUUUGAAGUUCCGUACAGAAUUCAUGCUACUGAUGACUCCUGGGAAUCGCCAGAAGAAUUGAUUCAACGUUUGGCGCAAGAUGACGAAAUCAUGUUUAAAGAUGAAAAAAUCGCAAGAGAUGCUGUCAGAAAAACAUUUGCUGAAGAAAUCUUCCAUAAUCCAAGAAUUAGACAAGAAGUUCGUCAGACUUACAAGAUGUACACCUCAAUCAAUUUUGUUGUUACUGAAAAGGGUAGAGCUACCAUUGAUAACCAUAGUCCAUAUGCUGACAUCAAAUACGCUAUCAAUAGAGACCCAGUUGAUUUGGUCACCAAACCUGAUGUAUUGUUGAGAAUGUUGGAAGCUGAAAAAUUGGGUUUAGGAGUUAUAGUAGUUGAGACUAGAGAUUACAAUAGCUGGUUUGAAAGUAUUUUCAACUGUUUCAAAUCAGAUGGUUCUUCAGACGUUUCUGAAAGAUGGAACAAAGAGAGAGAAGUUGUGUUGAGAAUGGCAUUCAAGAAAUUGUGUUCCAUGGUUGCAUUAAAUACCAAAGAAGAUCUUCGUCGUGAAUGUGAAAGAUUGAUUGCCAAUCAAGUGAAAAGAGGUCUUGUUAACAGAAUUGACCAAGCGCCACUCCAAGCUUUUGGUUUUGAAUUUGGUUCCACAGCAAAUGUUUUGUCAAUCACUUUUGGUAAAGGUGAUUUUGAUAGUGCUGUUAUUGGUGUGUAUAUGAGAGACAAUGGUAAAAUUGUCCAUACACUCAAGUCAAAUGAAAAUCCAAUCAGAAAUCGUGAAACUGAAGACGUUUUUAAAGGAUGGUUCCUUGAGCAAUACGAUAACUUGUUUAGAUCAGAGAAGCCGGAUGUUAUUGUUGUGUCUGGUUUCAAUGCCAACACCAAGAAACUUUAUGACAUUAUUUGUAAUAUUGUGGCAGAGAACAAACUUGGAACUAGUGCCGUUAAAGAUGAAUACGAUGAUAAUUCUGCUCCUGUUCAAGUUAUAUGGGGACAAGAUGAAACUGCUCGUUUGUAUCAAAAUUCUGAAAGAGCCAGCAAAGAAUUCCCAGAUAAACCGCCAUUGGUUAAGUAUGCAAUUGCAUUGGGUAGAUAUGUACAAGAUCCAUUGUUGGAAUAUGUAACUUUAGGUGAUGACAUCUUGUCCUUGACUUUCCAUCCACAUCAAAAAUUGAUCCCUACAGAUUUGAUAAAAGAAUCCAUCGAGUCCGCAUUUGUUGAUAUGGUCAAUCUUGUUGGUGUUAAGAUCAAUGAUGCUACCCGUAGUACUCGUGUUUCACAAAUGAUGCAAUAUGUCGGUGGAUUGGGUCCUCGUAAGGCAUCUGGAUUGUUGAGAAAUAUCAACUCUCACUUGUAUGGUGUUUUGGUCAAUAGAAGUGCUUUGAUUGAAUCUGAAUUGACUUCCGCUAACAUUUUCAUCAAUUGUGCAUCUUCACUUAAUGUUGUGGUUGACAAAACGAUUACAUCCUCUGAUUAUGGUAUUGAAGUUUUAGAUUCUACAAGAAUUCAUCCAGAAGAUUAUGAUUUGGCCAAGAAAAUGGCUUCUGAUGCUCUUGGUAUUGAUGAAGAAGACGCCAUGGUCAUGAACCAGGAUGGUAGAGGUGGGGUUGUCAGACAGUUGAUUAAAGAUGAUCCUGAAAAACUUAAUAGUUUGGACUUGGUUUCCUUUGCUCAAAGAUUAGAAGAGAGAUCACACAAGAAGAAGUUGCGUACAUUACAAGCCAUUAGACAAGAAUUGAUCAAUAGAUAUGAAGAAGCUAGACAACCAUUCAGAAUAUUGAACAACGAUGAUGCUUUCUUUAUCUUAACUGGUGAACAUGCAUAUGAAUUGAGAAACACGGUGGUUCCAAUUACUAUUGUCAAGAUUUCUAAAAACUACAACGAUCCAUACGGAAGAGUCAAGGGUAUGCGUGUUAUCACCCCAUCUUUGAUUCAAGGUAGAAUUGAUGAAGGUCAAAUUCCACAAAAUAUUGAAUACCAGGAAGGACAAGUUGUCCAAGGUGUGUUGCUUGAAUUAUACACUGACUCUUUCACAGCUGUGUUGAGCUUGAGAAAGGAAGACAUUAAAAGGGCAAUGGCACCUUCUGUUCAACAUCAAUAUGGUAAAUGGGAUUUCGAAGCCCAAGAUGCUGAUAUCGCUAAAGAAAGAGCAAAAGAAAAUGCCAAACUUGCUAAAACCAGAAAUGUUCAACAUCCAUUGUUCCGUAAUUUCAACUUUAGACAAGCCGAAGAAUAUUUGGCGCCACAAAAAGUGGGUGAUUGUGUGAUACGUCCAUCAUCCAAGGGACCACAGUUUUUGACCAUCACAUGGAAAGUGGCACCUACUUUAUUCCAGCAUCUUUUGGUUGAAGAAAGAAGUAGAGGUAGAUCCAGAGAAUAUUAUGUCGAAGGUCAAAGAUAUCAAGACUUGGAUCAAUUGAUUUUCCAACAUAUUCAAGUUAUUGCUAAGAAUGUCUCAUCCAUGGUUCACAACGGGAAAUUCAGAGAAGGUACCAUGACUGUUGUCAACGAAUGGUUGGAAUCAUACACCAGAGCCAAUCCAAAGAGUUCGGCUUAUGCCUUUUGUUAUGAUCAUAAACUGCCUGGUAAUUUCUUGUUGUUGUUCAAGAUCAACAGUAAUACUAAAGUGGUAACAUGGCAUGUCAAAACCUGUGUUAAUGGGUACAUUUUGAAAACAUUCACUUAUCCAAACAUGAUAAGUUUAUGUAAUGGUUUCAAACAAACAGUCAAAAACAUGCUGCAACCUCAAACUUACAACUACGGUGGUUACUAG